AUGCGGCUGCUCCAGCGUGGAUCGACGGUUUCCGCCGGCUUGGAUGAGGAGGCAGAUCGCAGCUUCGCGUUCCAGGAGGAGGAGGACCAGUGGAAGGAUGAGAGCUGGAAUCAGAACAUCUCCGAAGGGGCGGCCACGCUGGCAGCGCUGAACUUCUGUUGGAUCUUUGUCCGGUUCGGACAGUUGCUGCGUGACCUCAUGGGCUACGGCCACAGGCGGACCAAAUGCGACCGUUGCCAUGAGGAAUGUCGAGGGGUGGAUCUCCUAGGUGAUGCUGUUCAGGGCAUGCUUCCCUGGCGGGCGAUCGAGUUUCUCUUCCUCCUGGUGCUCAUCAAGCCCCUCUCCGACAUCAAAAUCGAGCCGAGGGCCGUUCCCUACUUCUGCAUCCUCGGCCUCUACUUUAUCUACGUGGUGCUGAUAGGUCUUCCUCCUCUGGACUUCUCCUGCCAGGAGCUCCAGCACAUCAUCUUCUGCAAGCAGACUGACUCAGUGGAGCUGCAUCAGCAAGCCUCCAACUUCGACUGCGGCUGGCAGGGCGAGACCUUGGUCCAAGUGAUGAUGGCUUGGAUCAUGCUCACGCCACGCGUGGUGCCAACCAUGAAGCUGAUGAGGGCAACCUGGUUCUGGAUAGGAGCCUUCUACUUCGGCUCAGCGUGCCUGGCCCGGAGAUACUACCCAGAACUCGAGGAGGCACACACCUUCAUGGAUCUCGUGGUCAUCACGCUGCUCCUCUUCAGCGUCAACCUCUUUGCCGUGGGCCGGAAGUACUACCUGGAGAAAGGCCAACGGACGAAGUUCAUAUACGACGGCCGGCAGCGUGAGGCCACACAACGCAUCUUCCGCAUCCUGGAGUACAUGGUUCCUGUCCAUGUCAUCGUUCCUAUGCUCCGUGGUGCGGUCAUCGCGGAGAAGGUGAACCGAGCGUCGAUCCUGUUCGUGAUGUUUGUGGACUUCGACCAGACUGCACGAAAGAAGGAGCCGGAGGCAUUGCUGGCGUAUCUGAACCACUACUUUACGAAGUUCGAUGACAUCUGCUCCGCGCACGAGGUCACCAAAAUCGAGACGGUGGGCGAAGAGUACGUCUCGGCCGUUGGCGUGGUUCCAAGAGACAUCGAGGCCGACAAAGAAAUGGGCCAUGCGGUUAUCCUGGGGCGCUUGAUCAAGGCGGCCAAGGAAAUUCUCAGGGUCCAGCGCGACACGCAAGGCUCCGAAGAGGAGGUAAAGUUGAAGAUGGGCAUUCACACAGGGCCAGUUGUGGCCGGGGUCAUUGGGCAGAAGCUGCCCAGGUUCCGGCUCUUUGGCGACACCAUCAACACGGCCGCCCGAAUCAUGCAGAAGGGCCUGCCCGGCGAGCUCCAGUUUGGCGAGGCCACAAAGUCUUGCUUGCCGAAGGGCGUAGCCUAUCGCUGGCGCGACAACAUUGAGAUGAAGGGGAAGGGGAAGGUGCCAACCUGGCUUCUCGGGGCGGGGGAAGCAUCGCCAUCCUCAGGGCCGGCGCCGUCCCCGCCGCCACCGUCACCGAAGAAGGCUGCCGAGGCGCGGCGCCGCGUCAGCUUCGCGGAAGAUUGCAGGUCCUCCGUAUCUUCGUCCGAGCGGCCCUCCUUGACAAAGUUCUGCAAUGAGAGCGCUCAGGCCACGAGGACCGCGGAGGACGAAGACUCCGAUUCGGCUUCGGCGAAUUUGGCGAAGCAGCUUUCCUUGAGGAACCGCGAAACUGCGGAGCCUCGACAGAAGCGCGCCACACAAGCCAGGCCCUCCGCGGACCAGGUCAUCGAGAUGGCUUCGGUGGGUAGCACGCCCUCCGGUGCCAGACGGGCCAGUAUCCUGAGGCGCUCCUCACGGAGCUCCACAACAGACGAGGAGGCUGCUGCAUCGUCGCACUCGCUCCUCGGCUCGCAGGUGACCCGAAGCUACAGCAACGCUAGCAGCCGCUACUCCGGCCGUCUCUCCACCGGCCGUCUAAGCGAGGUUUGGAACAACGACCAGACCUUUGAGGAUGUGCUGCGGCAGGUGACCGCGGUGGAAGAUCCAGACGAGGAGGGAAGGCCCCCGGUGGGUGCGGGCGGCUGGCUGCGUUGCUCCUGGUUCUCCAGGCUCAAACGAUGCUGGCGCCCGGAUGCGUUUCCUGGCGAGCUGGAGCACGAUUUCCAGCAGUGGUUCCACGAGUUUAGCAUCUGCAAGAAGAUGGACGUUCGCCUGGAUCGCCAGGCUCUCUUCAUGUCCAUCCUUACCACGGGUGACAUGUUCUAUACGGUCUUCUUCACUGGCGCCUUCAAGUCCUACAUCGGCCCGGUUCCGCAGUCGGACAUGUAUUCACCGAGGCUGCGACUUCCCGUCUUCGUGUGCAGCCGCAUGGCGAUCCUCUGCAUCAUACUUGCCUGGCGCGUUGCGUUUACAUCCAAGACAGCCGUUCUUCAGCUGAAGGCGCAAACCCGGCUGCUGGUCUCGUACUGCGCCAUUGCCGUGUUGAUGAUGCUGUCUUACGACGCAGUGACGAUUCACGUCGCAGAGACCAGCGUGCAUGCCCGGUCGUCGCGGUCCAUCUACAGCUUGCUGGUUAUGCCGAUGUUCCAGCUGAUCAUCACGCAAAACCCGUUUCUAUUCAAGUCGUCCCUUGUCUUCGUGGCAGUGGCAUUUGUGCUCAUGUUCCUGGAGAGCUCGAAUCGGCUCUUUCAGAACUUGUUCAUGACGCAGCAAAGCCGGGUCGUCUUCAUCGGUGCUAGCGUGGUGAAUGCGUACGUCGCGCACAGCGCCGAGGUUAGCAUCAGACAGCGGUUCAAGGCCAAGAGAGCUGUGGAGCUCACUCACGAGAGGACUGAGUCCAUCUUGAACACCUUGAUGCCCAUCAUGGUCGUUGAGGACCUGCGCGACGCAGGUUUCAACCAGGGCUUCCCGUCACACCUGUACCGGAAAGCCACCAUCGCCCAGUCUGACCUCUGCGGUUUCACGAAGUUGGCGAGCACGCGCAACCCCGAGGAGGUCGUCAGCUUCAUCGGCGAGCUGUUUGG